UUUUUCAGAGUUAUGUCUGAAAAAUGAGAUCAUGAAAUGGACUGGGGAGGGUUAUUAAGUAGCAGCGAUGACUUGAAAAAAAGAAAGCGGAGCAAUCUAUUACUGUCACAAAAUCACUUGGUGCCUCACGUUGCAGCUCCACUAGCUAAAAGUGGCCAUGUAAUUGAAAUAGAGGCCAACAAUUUUCGCGGAGCGAAAACAAUGGUGAAUUUUCCUUAUGAGCCAUACGGAAUACAACGUGAUUUCGUGAAAAAAUUAGUCCAAACUUUGGAGUCUGGUGGAAAUGCUCUUUUGGAAUCUCCAACUGGAACAGGAAAAACAGCUUGUCUUCUUUGUGGCACUUUAUCCUGGCAGAAGCAGUACAGUGAAAAUUUGGAUGCAUCAGAGGUGCAUCAAAUUCAGAAUGGUAAUGGAUCCAAGCGCCAAAAGACUGAUAUCGCCAACUCUCGUCAAGAUAGCGGAAAGUCUUCUUCUGGUGCACCGAAAGUGUUCUACUCGUCAAGAACCCAUUCACAGCUUUCCCAGGCAAUCGGAGAGUUAAAACGUGUGCAGUACCAGAAUAUCAAAGCUGUGGUAAUUGGUUCAAGAGAUCAGCUAUGUAUUCACCCCGAAGUAAAACAAGAGAAUAACGCAACUGUAAAAACUCAUAUGUGUCGUCAAAAAGUCAAAAGCAGGACAUGCAACUUCUACAAUAACUUCGAAAAGUUAAGAGAAAGUGGACGUGGACUUGCGCAGUCAAGCAAGGAAGGCGGAGAAGUUUUGGACAUAGAAGAUCUGGUGCAGCAAGGAAUCAACCAAUCAGUUUGUCCAUACUUUUACAGCCGUGAAAUGAGUGCUACAAGAGCUAACAUUGUUUUCAUGCCCUACAACUACAUCAUUGAUCCAUCCACUAGGAAAGCACAUAACGUGGAGUUAAUGAACAAUGUGAUCAUUUUCGACGAGGGGCACAAUAUAGACUCGCUGUGUGAGGAGAGUGCCUCUUUUUCUGUGACGUCACUGGAGGUGGCAGCUGCUUUUAAAGAAACACAGAAGCUACUGGAGCGAAUGGCUGAAACGGAUAAAAAAUUCCAGGGCGAGUCAUCAUCCGGGGUGAAUCUGAACGAGUCUGAUGUGUAUCUGGGCGACGAGCAGCUCACUCCCGAGUUCAACACGAGCGAAGUGGCCGCAUUGGCAACUAUAUUUCACAAUCUAGAAGCCACUCUCUUAAAUGUCAAUGUGAACAACUCCAACACGGGCAACUCAAAUUCCGGUUUUAACAAUCAGAAGAGUGGCUGUGUGUUCAAAGGCAGUCUCAUCUACUCGUGGCUGGAGGAUGCGGGGCUCAAGCCAGAAGUCACACCCGCCGUUAUCGCCACACUCGACAAGAUAGCCUCGUACUUGUCCACUCUGCAGACACACAACGCAUUCAAUAUCAGACCUUACGGUAUAAUGAAGAUGGCCAACAUUCUCAAACAGCUCUAUCCGGACCAGGGUCAAGAUGCAUAUGCGAACUUCUUCCUCCGCAACUGCAGCAGAACAGAAUUCAAGAUGCACGUUUCUAUUCUAGAAGAGAAAGAGAAAGGGACAUCAAAUGAUCCAUGGGCUAAGAAAAACACUUCAGCGGGUGCAUUGAGUGGAGGGGACGAGAAACCAAGACUGGUCAACUAUUGGUGCUUUUCGCCAGCUUAUGCACUGAAAUCUGUUGUGCAACAUCAGGUGAGAUCGGUGAUAAUCACGUCAGGAACCCUGUCUCCCCUUUCUUCUUUCGAGACCGAGAUGCGCAUGUCGUUUCCUUGGCAACUGCAGAACCCUCACAUUGUCACUCCUGCCCAGUUCUUUGCCGCUGUGGUCCACUCGGGUCCAGUUGGGGCUAAGUUGAGUUCGGCAUACAAUAAUAGAAGUAACGAGAUGUACUUAAUUGACCUGGGAUCGUUGAUUGCCAAUAUGAGCAAAGUUGUUCCUCAUGGAAUGCUGGUGUUCUUCCCCUCUUACACGGUCAUGUCCAGCUGUGUGGACUUCUGGAAGGGCAACCACGACAUCUGGACCAGGAUCACCCAACACAAGCCAGUCUACAUAGAGCCGAGAGAUAAGGCGGCGUUACCAGAGGUCAUUGCACAGUAUAAUUUGGAUGUGAGGACGAGAGAGGACAAGAAAGGGGCUGCCUUCUUCGCUGUCUGCAGGGGUAAAGUAAGUGAAGGUCUUGAUUUCGCAGACAUCAACGGACGAGCUGUCAUCAUUACAGGACUGCCAUAUCCACCUCAAUUCGACCCCAGGGUCAAAUUGAAAAUGGAAUACCUAGACACAGUCACAUCAGCCACCAAAGAAAACAAAAUGAACCCCAUAACUAUGGGUAAAAUAGCCAAACCCCAGACUCCAGUAGUUCCUCAGACGCUGGAUGGAAAGUCAUGGUACCAGCAGCAGGCUAUUAGAGCGGUAAACCAGGCAAUUGGAAGAGUCUUGAGGCAUAAGAACGACUACGGUGCUAUUUUACUUUGUGAUGAAAGGUUUGCGUAUUCAUCUAACCGGUCGCAUCUGUCUUCAUGGAUUAGAUCGAGUGUCCGCGACUACAGGUCUUUCCAAGUUUUGCCGAAAGAUCUGAAAUCAUUCUAUCGCAUAGCUGAAAUGAAGUAUCCUUAUAGCGAAUCAAGUAGUGCUGCUGCAAUGAGUACUAGCAGAUCGUUGCAUACGUCUCCCGAAAAGAAAAAGACUAGCGCUAUUUCUGGUCAUUACCAACUGAAGGACGCUAGACCCGGGUUGAAAAAAUCAAACGAGGUCACUUAUCAUGUAACGAAACCCGAUUGGAUGACAAAUGAACCAAUUAGUGAUAACCUGACUACGUAUCUGAGUUCGGAAAAUGAGCCGAAGAAAGCUCUAAAUAUAGGAAAAAGUGUAUUAUCUCAACUUCUGACAUUCGAGGACGAGACUCAAGAAAAAAGUAGCAGUCAGCAGAGCUCGACGACUGAUGAUAUUUCUUCCCAAGUCUCGACAUUGUGUUCAUCUAAGAAGAAAAUCAAACUGGUGCGAUCUUCUAGAACGUCACAAGAGGCUAUAGAAGACAAAGCUGUUGCGAAAGUCACUUUGGUGAAUUGUAAAUCAUCUGGAAUCUCAAGUAGUCAGGCGAAGAGUGAAAUUACACUGAGCUCGAAUCAGAAAGCAAAUCACACCAAGUUGAAUUCGGUCUCAGCACAAUUGUUUUCAAUUCUUCAACGAGAAUUGCCCGAACUGGAUUUCCGAGACUUCAAAAAGGCGGUGCUUAACUACAUCAGUGAUGACAGCAAAAAGCCGAACGCCAGUUACAAUUACAUUGCGAGAUUUGUUCAGUCUAAAAUGAGCUCAACAAAAUUUUCAGUUGCUCGAAAAUUAAUGCAGAAGUACAUUAGAAGUGAGCAUAGAGAUCAUUAUUCCAAAUUGUGUGCUAGCUUUACCAAGUGACGAAGUUUGAUUAAUUAUGAUAGUUAAUGAAGGUUAAGUAGACCGUGUUGUUUUUUGAAUCAUUGUUUUAGCGUUUCUAAUAAAAAUUUAAUUGUAAUUAAAAUAGUUUCCAUAGCAUGCUCAUCAUAAUGA